GUUCUCUCAAGACUUGCGCAGAAGUAGUUCCGCGCCUCAUUGUCUUGAUGGUACUCACACCCCGACUCCGAAGUCAUAUCGCCGAUCCAUCAACUGUGGAAACCGAUAUGUCUUCAGAGCCCAACGUGAGCUACAUUUCCCGCAAGCGACACCACUCCGUAACCUAUGAUGGCUUUCCGGGGCUCCCACCGCUGCCCAAACUCUCCGGCAUGCCCGUGCUCGCGGUGUUUACGCAUAAAUCACUUCGACUCGCCUGCCACGCGACGUACGACGACAACGAGCGUCUGACUAUCUUAGGACAACAUGUUCUGGACAUGGUCACCACACAUUUGUUGUUCUCCAGGAAACCAAAACUCAAGAAUGAAAACAUCGAGGUCUUGAGACGAACGUUGCUAUCCGACCAGGUCAUCGAUUUUUGGUCGAGGUUAUACCGCUUACGAGAUGAGUUGCGGUACGAUCCUUCCUUCCGAUCCUCGGUGGAUGAGCCUGAGCAUGGACGAACGUUAUUUCUUGCGUAUCUCGCUGCUGCUUUUGAAGAACAUGGACUCCCCGACGUUCAGAAGUGGAUCAGGAUGCUUUUCCAAGUCACCGCUAACGUAAUGGACGAAUUUCCAGCCAUUGAUUUUGGAUAUGAUGCUUCUGAAGAGCAAGCUGGAAAACGAAUGAAAGUCGAAGGAGCUCCACAGGGGCCUUUUAGCUUUUCACCGAAUUUUGCUCCUCUUGGCAAAUCAAGUGUCGACAUCCCAAUGAAAUCCAUAUAUAAUCCUUAUUCUAGUCAACCUGCCCCGCCUUCCAGUGCUCCACCGCCGAUACCGCCGCCGCCGCCGCCUCCUAUACCCUCUAUGCCACCUUUCCCCCCAAAUCCUCUUGCACCUGCCCAACCGAGUCUGGCAUUCUUACCAUUGUUUAACCAAACAGCCGCACAGCGGGGGAUGAGCGUUGAAUAUCCCGCCACGUUUGCUGGUCCUCCCCACGCAGGAAGAUGGCAUGUGAUUUGUAAAGUGAACGGGAUAGAAAAGGGCAAGGGAACUGGGUCUAGUAAGCAGCUUGCGAAAGAGCAAGCUGCUAGAACGGCAUACUUUGCAAUGGGCUGGGCACCCCGAGGUUGACGGCGGGGAUGAGGAUGAGCCUAUGUGUGAGUGUUUAGAUGCCGGGAGGUUCCCAUAUUAGUUCUCUCCGAGUGCUUCGCAGUCUCGUUCUCUCUCACACAGGGAAUGUGACUGCGGAAUACCUGGAAAGCACCACUGUGCGAAAGGAAGGUUUCUGACAUUCACGGAUGAGUCUGUUGAAGCACAGUUACUAGUAGCGGGAGGAUUUCACAGGGAAGGCAUUUUACUAGUAAUUUGCUGUACAGUGUAUAUACAUACGUAGAGUUGCUGUGAACGCAUGAUCCGUGUAUGUAGUCUGCUGACUCAGAUGCGGCUGGGUCGAGGACAUCCGGUAAUUACACUUAUA